AUUGACCUUCACUCUCCAUCCCAAUAUGCUGGCCUCAGGGCUGCUUCUGGUGGCUUUGCUGGCCUGCCUGACUAUGAUGGUCUUGAUGUCUGUCUGGCGGGAAAGGAAGCUCUGGGGAAAGCUGCCUCCCGGGCCCCCCGCACUGCCCUUCAUCGGGAACUACCUGCAGCUGAACACAGAGCAGAUGUACAACUCCCUCAUGAAGAUCAGCGAGCGCUAUGGUCCCGUGUUCACGGUCCACCUGGGCCGGCGCCGGGUCGUGGUGCUGUGUGGACAUGAUGCUGUAAAGGAGGCUCUGGUGGACCAGGCUGAGGAAUUCAGUGGGCGAGGCCAGCAGGCCACCUUCGACUGGCUCUUCAAAGGCUAUGGCGUGGCGUUCAGCAAUGGGGAGCGUUCCAAGCAGCUCCGUCGCUUCGCCAUCACCACGCUGCGGGACUUCGGCGUGGGCAAGCGCGGCAUCGAGGAGCGCAUCCAGGAGGAAGCGGGAUUCCUCCUUGAGGCCUUUAGAGACACGCGUGGCGCCUUCAUCGACCCCACCUUCUUCCUGAGCCGAACUGUCUCCAAUGUCAUCAGCUCCAUUGUCUUUGGGGACCGCUUUGACUACCAGAACAAAGAAUUCCUGUCACUGCUGCGCAUGAUGCUGGGAAGUUUCCAGUUCACAGCUACAUCUACGGGGCAGCUCUAUGAGAUGUUCUCCUCAGUGAUGAGACACCUGCCAGGGCCACAACAACAGGCAUUUAAGGAGCUUCAGGGGCUGGAGGACUUUAUAGCCAAGAAGGUGGAGGAGAACCAACGCACACUGGAUCCCAACUCCCCACGGGACUUCAUUGACUCCUUCCUCAUCCGCAUGCAGGAGGAACAGAAGAACCCCAACACAGAGUUCCACUUGAAGAACCUGGUGAUGACCACGCUGACCCUUUUCUUUGCGGGCACCGAGACAGUCAGCACGACCCUGCGUUAUGGCUUCCUGAUGCUCAUGAAGCACCCGGAUGUGGAGGCCAAGGUCCAUGAGGAGAUUGACCGGGUCAUUGGCAAAAACCGUCAGCCCAAGUACGAAGACAAGUCCGAGAUGCCCUACACAGAGGCAGUGAUCCACGAGAUCCAAAGAUUCGGAGACAUGAUCCCCAUGGGCCUCGCCCGCAGAGUCACCAAGGACACCAAGUUUCGCAGCUUCUUCAUCCCCAAGGGCACCGAAGUGUUUCCUAUGCUGGGCUCUGUGCUAAAGGACCCCAGGUUCUUCUCCAACCCUGAAGAUUUCAACCCCCAGCAUUUCCUAGAUGAGAAGGGGCAGUUUAAGAAGAAUGAUGCCUUUGUCCCCUUCUCCAUCGGGAAGCGGUACUGUUUGGGAGACAACCUGGCUAGAAUGGAGCUCUUUCUCUUCCUCACCACCAUCAUGCAGAACUUCUGCUUCAAGUCCCCACAGAUGCCCAAAGACAUUGAUAUUUCCCCUCAAAGUGUGGGCUUUGCCACCAUCCCAAGAAACUAUGUCAUGAGCUUCCUGCCCCGCUGAGCUAGAGCUGCCUUAGGGCAGGGAUAAGCGGGAGGAGCAAAUGUAUGGG